AUGACAGCCGCUUAUCGACACAAGGCUUUCGAUGACGAUGUAGACAGCAGUGCUGGUACUCGAAGGACAGACACUAGGAACAAUGAGCGUCGUCGUUCCGAAGCUCCUCUUUCCGAAGGUCCUCAGAGCAACGGUCGGGAUAAUCGGCCACCCAGCGAUGUGUUCAACGGCGAUGCGGAACCCGUGACAUAUCAGCCGUUGAUUGGCGUUCUCUCGCAGCCCGGAAUUGCGGACAGCGGCGAGAUUGCACGGGUAUUCAACGCGACGGAAGAGAACCAUUUCGCCAACUUGUCUUAUAUCGCAGCGUCUUAUGUGAAAUUCAUUGAGGCCGGAGGCGCUAGAGUUGUGCCAAUUAUUUACAACGAGCCGCGUCGUCAGAUUUUGAAGAAGCUCCGGCUGGUGAACGGGCUGGUGCUGCCGGGAGGCGACGCGAAUAAGCGAGGAAGGUUCCUUCGGACCGUGCGGCGGUUGCUGAAGAUGGCCAUGUCAUUUAACGACAAUGGCGACUAUUUCCCUAUUUAUGCCGAGUGCCUCAGCUUCGAGAUGCUCACCAUCAUUCUCAGCACGGGAGGUCGCAAGGUGUUGGAGCCUACCAACGCCAAGAGGCCCAGCACGCUGCAAUUCGUGGGAGAAUGGGCCAAGGACAGAAACAUGUUCGCAUGGAUGCGUCGAAGACUGGUGGAUCGGCUGGAGAAAGAAAACCUGACAAUGGAGAAUCACAAGUAUGGGUUGACUCCCGAGACAUUCAACGCUGAUGAGGGUCUCUCGUCCUUCUUCAACAUCCUCACCACCACUGCUGAUGACGACGGCAAGGAGUACAUAUCAACGGUGGAGGCCAAGCGAUACCCCUUCACUGCCCUACAGUGGCACCCCGAGAAGAAUGCGUACGAGUGGGGCAACCCCAUUUUCCCGCACUCCUCUGAUGCUGUGCAGAUCACACAUGCUGCCGGCACAUUCUUUGCCAGUGAGGCCCGCAAGUCCGGCCACAAGCCACGAUCAAGACGAGAGCUGUACCGCUAUUUGAUAUACAACUAUGACCCUGUGUUUACCGGAAAAGAAGGGUCGUUCCACUAUGAUCAAGCUGGCACAACUGUAGCUGCAUUAGGUCGCCGUGAGGAUGACGUGGACGGGGAAGGUUCUGACGUGGCGACAAGAAGCAGAUCAACAAGGGGUUUACGUGCUGACAACAAGCAAGAGCUUGACAAUGCAGGUGCCGCUUCUGUCGCCGCGGCAGUCGCCGCAUCAGCCGCCGCGUCGGCCGCUGUUCUCAAAACUGCAGAAAUCGUUAUUGAGGAAGAUAACGUAGGGGUAGUGACAGGCAAGCCUGCUGCUGGCGUAGAAGAGGAGCAGGAGGAGGAGGAGGAAGAGGAAGAGGAAGAGGAAGAGGAAGAGGAGUGGGAUGAGGAUUGGGAGGAGGAAGAGGAGGGAGAGGACGAAGAUGUGAGGGUAGAGUUGUGGGAGGGUGAUUUACCCCCGAUGACGGAGGAGGAGGAGCGGGAGCUGCUUCUAGAGGCGGAGCGCGAAAUCGCGCAACUGGAGGCGGAGAAAUUGGCGGGAGUUGCGCCCGCGGCGGGUCGUAUGGUGGACAAUGAUUGGCUGCAGGAAGACGGGGAGAUCGGCGCGGAGGCGGGGCGGGAGAGGGGCGCGGGGGAAGCGGCGCGCGGGGAAGUGACGGAGGCGGGUAAGGGCGCGGGGGAAGAAGCGGGGGGAGCGGUGGCGGACAUGGAGGGGGAAAUUGCGGCGCUGCGGAGGCAGCUUGCGGAGAUGGAGAGGGAACUGGCGAAAGCCAAGGCGCGGGAGGGGGCGCAGGCAGCGGCGGAAGGGCUUAGGGGACAGAAAAACCCCGAACCUCGGGGUUUUGCGGCUGAACCCGCAGGGUCGAUCGGAGAAAAGAAGGCGGCAGCAGUGAGUGUGAGAGACGAGAGCGAUUCCGGACGGGUUCUCGACGAAAUAGUGGGGGGAGAGGAGGGGGAGGGAGAGGGAAAGGAAGAGGAGGAAGAAGAAGAGGACGAGGAUGAUUUGUCGCAUUUGAGGAGGAAAGAGCAGAGGCGGCUGCGAGAGGAGAUGCGGUGGCUGGAAGGGAAGGACGAGGAGGGAUGGGAAGGCAAUGACGCAUCAUCAUCACCAGGAUCAGAUGCGGAGCGAAGAGGGUUACCAGCAGUGAUGCGAUGCUUCGACACGGCGAGGGUUUUCAUUAAGGCCGGCGACGGCGGCGACGGAAUCGUGGCGUUCCGCCGGGAGAAGUUUGUUCCGGACGGCGGGCCGUCGGGCGGCAACGGAGGGCGGGGCGGCAACGUAAUCAUUACUGCCGACCCGGCGCUGAAUUCCCUCCUGCCGUUCCGCCGGUCGGUGCAUUUCAGGGCGACGCGCGGGGCGCACGGGAAGGGGAGUAAUAGGCAUGGCGAGGCGGGCCGGGAUGUGGAGAUUAAAGUCCCCCCCGGGACUAUUGUCCGCGAGGUGGUGGGGAGGGGGCCUGUGCGGGACUGGGGGGUGAAGAAAGGUGGAGAGGAGUGGGUGGAAGGGGAGGGGGAGGCGGAGGGGGCGCAGGGGGGGGAAGGGGAGGGGGAGGGGCGCGCGCUGCUGGAGCUGGUGCGCGCGGGGCAGAGCGAGGUGCUGCUGGCGGGGGGGAGGGGCGGGCGGGGGAACGCGGCGUUCAAGACUGGGCGGACCAAUGCGCCCCAGAUCGCGGAAAAGGGGGAGGAGGGGCCAGAAAUGUGGGUGCAGCUGGAGCUGCGGGUGGUGGCGGAUGUGGGCAUCGUGGGCGCACCAAAUGCGGGCAAGUCGACGCUGCUCGCCGCCAUCUCUGCCGCCCGCCCCAAGGUGGCCAACUACCCAUUCACCACUCUGGUCCCCAAUCUGGGAGUGGUGGCGGUGCCAGGCGGGUUUGACAGCAUGGUGUGGGCGGACGUGCCUGGGCUGCUGGAGGGAGCGCACGUGGGGCGAGGGCUGGGCCACCAGUUCCUGAGACACACAGAUCGUUGCCGCGUGCUGAUUCAUGUCAUUGACGGUAGCAGCCCACAACCCUACCUAGAGCUCCAGGCAGUCACCAGAGAACUAGCCCUCUUCUCUCCCUCUCUCGCCGCCAAGCCGCGGGUCAUUGUCUUUAAUAAGAUGGACUUGCCAGACGCGCAGCACCAGUGGGGAAGCUUCCAGGAAGCCGUGCGGGAGCUGGGGCUGGGAGGGGAAGGGGAGGAGAACGGGGCGUGGUGGGGAGGGGCGGAAGGGGAAGGGGAGGGGGAAGGAGAGGGGAGGAGGGGUCCUGUGGUACUGAGCAUGAGUGCUGUGACGGGGCAGGGCACACAGGAGGUGGUGCGCGCUGCGUAUGGGCUGCUCAAGAGUGUGCAGGGGGAGAGCGACGGAUGGGGAGACGAGGGCGAGGAGGAAGCCCCCAACACCACUCGCCAGCGCCUGGGCUUAGCAGCGGAGGUGCAGCGAGCGAGGCGGGCGGCAGUGAACGAGUUCCGGGUGGCAUUUGACGGGCACACGCGCGUGUUUGAAGUGACAGGGGAGGGCAUUGAGCGAUUCGUGCAGAUGACCAACUGGGAGUACUUUGAGGCGGUGAGGCGCUUCGCCCAUGUGUUGGAAGCGAGUGGCAUUAACGAGGCACUGAGGGCGCGGGGCGUGCGGGAGGGGGACACUGUGGUCAUUGGCCAGGAGCACAGGGAUGACCCAGAGCGUGCAGGAGGGGAAAGGGGCAGAGGGACAGCUAUGUCUGGCCGCAGGGCGCAGUCUGGCCGCAGGGCGCAGGGCAUGUGGGCCAAAGGGCGCAGAGGGACAGCUAUGUCAUUGUGCAAUUGGCUCGUCGCUUGUGCUCUUGUAUCACUCCCCACUCCGCUACUUUGGCCCACCCCCACUCCACACUCCCUUCCUUCCCACUUCUCUCCCUCUUUUUCCACUUCUCCCCCUUUUCCCACUCCCACCCACAUGUCCCACCUCUCCCCUCUCGUCACUUCUCCUCUCCCGUCACAACAGCUGGAGUUCACGUGGAGGGAAUCAGAUAACAUAAUGGAGGCCGUGGGCGGCGACUGGUAG